CGGUAGUGAAUUCGUGAAAAAGUUUCAAGAAAUCAACUCCGUAUGCGAAAGAACCUACAGUGGGAGCAGAUAGCCGAGAAAGCAGACAGCAGUUCAGAGGACAGCCGGACUCGCAACACCUUCAAGCCUACAAAUUGGCAAUGCUCGUGGGGUAAGCAUAAAACUCUUUUACUCCCGAGACUUCCCUGAAAAACCUUUCCUGUCACACGUUCCGCAUUAUUGUGGUAUCACGAGUGUCAAGGUAUUAGAGCGCUUGUAGACGUCCGUUUUUUUCACCGGAUAACGGACCGUGUUUUUUGCCGGAUUCGCGGUGGUGUAUGAAUUAUAAUGAAUGUAUGUACAUGCACCGGACAUCGGUCCGGCGAACAAUUUACGCCGGAUGCACCACCCCUUCCCCUCGGCGCGACGGACACCGGUCCGGUGUAAGAAAUGGCGGUCAUCCACGCCAGUGUAUUGGUGCGUGUUGACGCUGCCGGACGUAUUGCCUGUUUUCUGUUAAUUGAGUGCCGUCUACCUGCGUUCUUUUAAAAAUGGGUAAUAUUGACAUGGAAUUGUUAAUAAGUUUGGUUGAAAAUAGGCCUGUACUGUGGGACAAAACCCAAGAGUGCUAUAAAAAUAGACAGUCGAGUUUUGCCGCUUGGAGAGAAAUUUGUCUUGCGUUAAAUGAAGGUUUUGAAACGAUGUCCGAGAAAGAAAAAAAUGAUUUUGGCAAAGAUAUCAUAAAAAAAUGGAACAAUGCAAGAGAUAACUGGAUGAAAUAUCACAAAAAAGUUAAGGAAUGUAAAUCCGGCUCUGGUGCAAAAAGUCUACGAAAAUAUAAAUUCUACGAUCAAAUGCUCUUUUUGUGUAAAAUUGUGACUCGCCGAACAACGGAAGCAAGUAUUACAUCAGAAAAAAACAUCACACAAUCUCACAACAAAGAAACUGACUCACAAACCAAUAAUGACCCUACCGCACCAGCCAAUACUACCGAUUUAACAAAAACAAGCAAGAAGAGAAAGACAGACUGUAGCGAAGUUGAUCGACAAAUGCUUACUUUAAUUAAAUCAGUUGAAGAUGAAGACAAGAGUAAGAGUAUGUGUUUUUUCAAAGGUAUUGCUCCGAUUGUAGACAAGUAUAGUGAUGACGAUUAUGUUGAAUUCCAAUAUGAAAUCAUUAAAGUUAUGAGAAAUUUAACUCGGAGAAAUCAAGCGUCCAUGCAGCAGCAAAAUUACAAUUACAAUAUUAAUCGAGGCUACACUACGGCUACACCCGACUACAGGAUACACGAAUAUCAACCAACACAACCCAUUCCAUCCACAUCCAGGAUGCCUCAAGAACUCAUGCAGCAAGAUGAUUCCCAAUCUUCAAUUAUUACUGAAUUAAGUUCAAUCACAUCGCCUGAUUACCAUUUCGAUUUUUCUAAAACUCCUUAAUUUAUUUUUUGAGUAUAAUAAAACAAUUACUACCUACUAAAUUUUGUUUUAAUUAAUACAGGUAAUCAAUCCCCUUUUCUAUAAUUUGAAAUUGAACAUCUCUUUAACAUACCUUAUCGUAACGGCUAAUCUCU